AUGACAGACCUCAUCAAUCUGUCAGCAAGAUACGUCAUCAAAACUGAUCAGUUCGGAUCAGAAAAUGCGCUCGCAUCUACUCCAAACAAUGACACCCUCGUUCUAGAGUCUGUCUCAAGUGACACGACUCAGAGUCAGCUAUGGUACUUCGAAGAGACCGAACUUGACGACUACUACCGCCUGCACACCGAAGACAAAGGCAACGGCAACUCUCUCAGCACGUAUAAUUACGAAGGAAGCCAGACAACAGAUUUGCGCUUCCGCGCCAACGAGAACAUAGACGCACAGUACUGGCGACUGGAAGUACAAGGCGACGGAAGUGUCAAAGUCAGCAAUAGCCGCGCCGGCUCGGAGAGUUAUCUCGAUGUCGAAGAUGGGAGCCUGAAGCCAUUUCUCGCGCAAGGAGAUUCGGGCAAUGGGGAAUGGACACUUAGCACUUUUGGCGCUGCUGCGGCUACACCCACUCCUACCGUCUCCACCUCCUCUGAUGCUACGACCACACCGGCAUCGCGGUCGGUGGUGCAGCAGGGCUUUUGGCAAUUAUAG